UUUCGAUGAUUUUACAAUUCUUUCAUAUUGACGAAUCCUACCAGCAGAAUUCAUCCACAGAUUUUUAGGUAGUCUCUGCACUAGAAUGAAUUGAAUCAUGAACGACAGUUGUGCUGGCUGCAUGCUGGCUGUGUGCUGGCUGUCAGCUCCUCUACAACAGUAAAAACAUCCGAGACAAUGAUAUCUCAGCCCAGACCAAUAAAUCCCGAGCGCGAUUGUAUACAGACCGACGCGCCCCAAGCUUGGGAAGGAUUACUCAUUGAACCUCGGCAUCUCGGGUAACUCAUUGAAACCACGACCUUGAACUUAGCUUGCCAACGAACGUGUAACAAACAGACCUCAGCACCUGCACCGCCGUGACCGAUCAUUCACUAUAUAGAAGUGCUCUUCUACCUUGCCUUCCAUUGACCUCCGCCGACCGCGCCAGAUCACAAAACCCCAGAAACGCAGAAGCACUCCUCAGAAGACCAGGAUGCCGCUCGCCACAUCAGAAUACGUGAGCAACGUAUGGAGGGAGGGUAUAUUCGAUGACAAGGUCGUGUUUUGCACAGGCGGAGCUGGUUCGAUUUGCUCGGCCCAAGUUCGUGCAAUGGUCUACCUCGGCGCAAACGCAUGCAUCAUCGGCCGCAACGUCGAGAAGACGGAGAGAAUGGCCAAAGACAUAGCUACUGCCAGAAAAGGCGCAAAAGUGCUUGGGCUGGGUGCUGUCGACGUGAGGAAGCCGGAAGCGCUGGACGCCGCUGCAGAGCGAUGCGCGAAAGAGCUGGGUUCCAUUGACUUUGUAAUUGCGGGAGCAGCGGGGAACUUUCUUGCGAGUAUUGACAACCUGUCAGCGAAUGCGAUGAAAUCAGUCAUAGACAUCGAUGUGCUAGGAUCCUACAACACAGUCAAAGCAACACUCCCCUAUUUGGUCGAAUCGGCCGCGAAAUACAAGACGGAUGGCAAAACACCUCCUGCCAAGGGCACAGGAGGCCGCAUCAUAUUCGUCAGUGCAACUCUGCACUACGCAGGAACGGCCAUGCAGAGCCACGUAUCAGUUGCUAAGGCGGGAAUCGAUGCUUUAUCUGUCAACAUUGCUAUUGAGCAAGGCCCUCGAGGGGUUACCUCGAACACUAUAGCCCCUGGAGCUAUCGGCGGUACUGAGGGAAUGGACAGGUUAUCAAGAAAGGAGGAUCGCGAAAGGUCUGCAAAGAUGAUCCCUUCACAAAGGAUGGGAACGGUCAAGGAGAUUGCGGACGCUACCAUUUACCUGUUCUCGGAUGCUGGAAACUAUGUAAAUGGCGAAACCAUUGUCGUGGAUGGCGGACAAUGGCAUAUGGGGGGCAUUGACAAAGGAGGAUUCGAAUACCCAGAUUUCUUGCUUUCGGGCGAAACAGUCACAGGCGUUGCAGGUGGAAAGAAGGCAUCCAAGCUGUAG